AUGAAGAUCCGAGAAGCAGGACAACAGAUGGCAGCAGCCGUCUUCCAUCACGGAUCUCAAUCCCAGGCCCCUCUUACGCCCGAGCAGAUGGCGCAGGCAAAUGAGCACGAGAAGGAGUUUAUUGCACACUUCUCUGACACGCAGCGUCCGUUGGCGCCCGGAGAGGUCGCGGAAAGUCCACGGAAUAAGGAACUGGGGAAAAGCUCCAAGGGGCUGAGUAUUAGGGAUUUUGAACUUGUGAGAACGCUGGGAACGGGUACCUUUGCGCGGGUGUGGCUUGUGAGACUUGCCAAUCCUGCAGAAGAGGAUCGCGAUAAGGUGUUUGCUCUAAAAGUUCUGCGGAAAGUUGAAGUUAUCAAGCUGAAGCAAGUCGAUCAUGUUAAUCAUGAACGCUCUGUCCUUGCAGACGUUGCUGGUCACCCAUUUAUUACUACCCUAAUUACUUCCUUCUCCGAUCAUGAUUCUUUAUACAUGCUUCUCGAUUACUGCCCUGGUGGUGAAGUUUUCUCAUACCUUCGAAAGGCCAAACGAUUUGACGAGAAUACCUCUCGCUUCUACGCUGCCGAAAUAGUCCUGAUUCUCGAAUACCUACACGAGCGGGAAGGAGUUGCAUACCGAGACCUGAAGCCUGAAAAUCUCCUAUUGGAUGGAGAGGGUCAUAUCAAGCUGGUCGACUUUGGCUUUGCCAAACGUCUCGGGAACAGUGAGCAGCAGAAACAUGGGAAGAAAUCUAAGGGCAAUGUUAACAUUGUGCCAGGAGAGACCUAUACGUUAUGCGGCACUCCCGAAUACCUUGCUCCAGAGGUUAUUCAAUCGAAAGGUCAUACAACGGCUGUUGAUUGGUGGGCUCUAGGUAUCCUGAUCUAUGAGUUCCUUACUGGUUACCCACCAUUUUGGAAUUCAAAUCCAAUAGAGAUUUACAAACAAAUUGUAUCCAAACCUGUCCAUUUCCCUAAUGAACCCGCCAUCUCCCCUGAAGCCAAAGACAUAAUCCGCCAAUUCUGCACAGUAGACCGCUCCAAACGCCUGGGCAACAUAUCUGGUGGCGCAGCUCGAGUAAAAGAACAUCCGUUCUUCAACGGUGUUAUCUGGGAAGAUGUCUAUUACAGGAAAUACAGGGGUCCAAUCAUCCCACCGAUCAGAUAUCCUGGCGAUGCUCAGUGCUUCGAUACGUAUCCAGAUGAGAAAGCGGGUAGGGAACCAUACAGUGAUGAACUGAAGCGAAAAUGGGAAGACCACUUUAAGGAUUUCUGA